CACUCUCCAAACCCUCUGGAAGGAACGUGUACGCUGGAAUUUUCAAUCGGUUAAGUUUUGUGUUGAACUACAGCAAUGGCUGCUACUAAAAGAGUGAUUAACUUUUCGCCAGGUCCAGCGAAACUUCCGGAGGAUGUUUUGCACAAAGCCCAGGCUGAGAUGAUUGACUAUGGAGGAACAGGCGUCAGUGUUAUGGAAUUAAGUCACAGAUCAUCACACUUUGUAAAGAUCAUUGGUUCAGCAGAGAAGAACUUCCGAGACUUACUCCACAUCCCUGACAACUACCGGGUUAUCUUCACACAAGGGGGCGGCACCGGUCAGUUCGCAGCCGCGCCUCUCAACCUGAUGAAGUUGAAGGAAGGUGCGACGGCCGACUACAUUAUCACGGGCAGCUGGUCGAUGAAAGCCGCAAAGGAAGCCGAGAAAUAUGGAACCGUUAACAAAGUCCUGCCAAAGUUGGACAAAUACACAGUUAUCCCAGACCAGGCGGAGUGGAAUUUAAACCCAGACGCAUCAUAUGUCUUUUACUGCGCUAAUGAAACUAUUCAUGGUGUGGAGUUCCACCACGUACCAGAUACCCACGGUGUUCCGAUAGUGUGCGACAUGUCGUCGAAUAUUCUCACGCGUCCCAUCGAUAUCUCCAAGUUUGGUGUGAUAUUCGCGGGUGCUCAGAAAAACAUUGGUUGUGCUGGCACUACGGUUGUGAUAAUCCGAGAUGACCUCAUCGGCCACGCCAUCCCGGAAUGUCCCAGCAUCUUCGACUACAAGACGAUGGUUGGCAACAACUCCAUCUACAAUACUCCGCCCACAUACAGUAUCUACAUCAUGGGCCUGGUGUUUGAAUGGGUGCUGCAUCACGGAGGGGUGGAAAUCAUGGAGCAGAGAUCACAUGACAAGGCGAAGAGUCUUUACAACAUCAUCAACUUGUCAAAUGGAUUCUAUAGUUGUCCGAUUGAUCCUGACUGUCGUAGUCGUAUGAAUGUGCCGUUCCGCGUGGGCUCGCCUGAUGGGGAUGAGGCUCUGGAGACGAAGUUUAUAGAUGAGGCCGCAUCAAAGGGAUUGAUGUCACUUAAAGGUCACAGAUCGGUGGGUGGCAUCCGAGUCUCGUUGUACAACGCCAUCAGCGUGAGCGACGUUCACAUCCUGACGGAGUUCAUGAGGAAUUUCUACCUCGAACAGAAGGGCGUCAUUCUCGCCCAGGGCUGAACACGCGCACUGUGAUACAUAAAGAACUGUGAUUGCAAACUUGUGCAUUUGAAUUAUGUUUAUUAAACACCAGCAGGAACGGAUCCUUGGGAGUUGGGGGGGGGGGGGGGGAGGUGUGUGUGGGUGUGCAUUCCUUCUUGCGAAAUCUGAAAUGUCCUGAGUGUUUAAUAUAUAUAUAUAUAUAUAUUUCUUUUCUUUUUUUCUUUUUUUUUUUUUUUAGUGGGAUGGGGGAAGGAUAAUAUUUUAUAUUUUAAUUGACUGUUUGUUCCUAGGAAACACUGUCUUGUAAUUGUCCACGGCAAUCAACAAUGCCGUGGAGAUUGCCAUGGAGUUUUUAAUUCUCUCCGGUUCUUUUUUGCCUUGGACUAUAUCAGUGUUUUUUUCAGUGGCAUGUUGUUGUUUUUUGUCCAUGGACAUUUUCUUAAUUGCAGAGUUGUAAUUUACAUUGAUGUUAUAUAGGUGCCUUUUUGUAAAAGUUCCACUCACCUAAAAAAAAAAAGGAUUUGACCAUGAUCUGUUUUUCUUUCUUUUUUUUGUAAUGUCUAUCUGUUUAUUCUUAACUUCAAUGUCAAACCUAAUGGAACCUAAUAUAAAUUACACUCUGUAUUACAACCACUUAUGUAUAAAGGACCUUUCAUCUCAUUAUGUAUACAAAUCUGUUUAGAUAUAUAAAAAAACAUCAUUUCUAAUUAAAAUAUGUUAAUUGUGGAAGUAUAAAGAAACCAACGAAGAAGACUUUGUCGGGACAGAAUAUUGAAGAUGCAGUGUUAAAACUAUGUCUGUGGGAAAGUGCAUAUAAAAGAUUCCUUGUUAAUGGAAAAAUGUAGCCGGUUUACUCUGUGUAGCCAAUGGAAAAAUGUAGCCGGUUUACUCUGUGUAGCCAAUGGAAAAAUGUAGCCGGU